GGAGCGGACGGGCGCCCGGCCGGCUGCGGUCCGUGCGGAGGCUGAGCCGGCCGCGGGCGCGACCGGAGACAGUUUCUAUUACUAUGGCAAUGACGGCAGGUACUACAACAACUUUUCCUAUGAGCAACCAUACCAGGGAAAGAGUGACUGUAGCCAAGCUCACACUGGAGAAUUUUUACAGCAACCUAAUUUUGCAGCAUGAAGAGAGAGAAACCAGGCAGAAGAAAUUAGAAGUGGCCAUGGAAGAAGAGGGAUUAGCAGAUGAAGAGAAAAAGUUACGCCGAUCACAACACGCUCGCAAAGAAACAGAGUUCUUACGGCUCAAGAGGACCAGACUUGGCCUGGAUGACUUUGAGUCUUUGAAAGUUAUAGGAAGAGGAGCUUUUGGAGAGGUGCGGUUGGUCCAGAAGAAAGAUACAGGCCAUAUCUAUGCAAUGAAGAUAUUGAGAAAGGCUGACAUGCUUGAAAAAGAGCAGGUGGCCCAUAUCCGAGCUGAAAGAGAUAUUUUAGUAGAAGCAGAUGGUGCCUGGGUAGUGAAGAUGUUUUACAGUUUUCAGGAUAAGAGGAACCUUUAUCUAAUCAUGGAAUUUCUCCCUGGAGGUGACAUGAUGACAUUGCUAAUGAAGAAAGAUACCUUGACAGAAGAGGAAACACAGUUCUAUAUUUCGGAGACUGUUCUGGCAAUAGAUGCUAUCCACCAGUUGGGUUUCAUCCAUCGGGAUAUUAAGCCCGACAACCUUUUAUUGGAUGCCAAGGGUCACGUAAAAUUAUCUGAUUUUGGUUUAUGCACGGGGUUAAAGAAAGCUCACAGGACUGAAUUCUACAGAAAUCUUACACACAACCCACCCAGUGACUUCUCAUUUCAGAACAUGAACUCAAAGAGGAAAGCAGAAACGUGGAAGAAGAACAGGAGACAACUGGCAUAUUCCACAGUUGGAACGCCAGAUUACAUUGCUCCAGAAGUAUUCAUGCAGACUGGUUACAACAAAUUGUGUGACUGGUGGUCUUUGGGAGUUAUUAUGUAUGAAAUGCUAAUAGGAUAUCCACCUUUCUGCUCUGAAACACCCCAAGAAACAUACAGAAAAGUGAUGAACUGGAAAGAAACUUUGGUAUUUCCUCCGGAGGUACCUAUAUCUGAGAAAGCAAAGGACUUAAUUCUCAGAUUUUGUAUUGAUUCUGAAAAUAGAAUUGGAAAUAGCGGAGUUGAAGAAAUAAAAGGUCAUCCCUUUUUUGAAGGUGUAGACUGGGGACACAUCAGGGAAAGGCCAGCGGCAAUCCCUAUAGAAAUCAAAAGCAUUGAUGAUACUUCAAAUUUUGAUGACUUCCCUGAAUCUGAUAUCUUACAACCAGUGCCAAAUACCACAGAACCGGACUACAAAUCCAAAGACUGGGUUUUUCUCAAUUAUACCUAUAAAAGGUUUGAAGGGUUGACUCAACGUGGCUCUAUCCCCACCUACAUGAAAGCUGGGAAACUAUGAAUGAAGAUCACAUUCACCCACAACCAAGAGAACUCAGGUAGCUGCAUCACCAGGCUUGCUUGGCGUAGAUAACAAUACACUGAAAUACUCCUGAAGAUGGUGGUGCUUAUCAACUACAAGAGGAAAUUCUACAGGAUUAGAAUUUCUAAGACUACUACAGGAAUUGGUUGGCAAUGCCAGCUGGCUUUUU